AGUGUAGUCUUCAUUCACUUGACCGCUAGCGUGUUUAGCAGAAAGUUGCCCAUCGCUGAAACUGUCAAGUCAACAUGUUUGUCAAAUAGAUCAAUAAUUUAAGUGCAUUUUAGGCUGCAGUCUUUGCUUACGAUAAGAGGAUGUUUUCUUCAACUUGGAACUUUAUUAAACGCCACAAAAGGAAGUUCAUUUUCGCCGGUGCAGUAGUUGGUGGUGUGUACUUCAUGGGUAAAUAUGCGCAGAGGAAGAUCAGGGAAAUCCAGGAGAGAGAAGCUAAUGAGUACAUCGCUCAGGCUCGAAGACAGUUCCACUUUGAGAGCAACCAGAGGACCUGCAACAUGACUGUGUUAUCCAUGCUUCCAUCUCUUAAAGAAGCCAUUGUAGCUCAGCUCAACUCUGAGAAUCUGACCUCGCUGCUUAAGACCAAACCUGCUAACAAGCUAGAAAUCUGGGAGGACUUAAAAAUAAUCAGUUUUACUCGUACGAUUGUUGCUGUCUACAGUACGUGCAUGUUAGUGGUGCUACUUCGAGUCCAGCUCAACAUCAUCGGAGGAUACUUGUAUCUCGACAACUCUGCCAACAAGAACACUAUGGCACCCAUGGCUCCUCCCGACGUCCAGCAGCAGUAUCUGUCCAGUAUCCAGCAUUUAUUAGGAGACGGUUUAAUAGAACUUAUGACAGUGGUGAAGAAAGCUGUGCAGAACUCACUAGAAAAUGUGUCCCUGAAGCAGAGCCUGUCUCUGCUGGAGCUGGAGCAGCAGAUCAGUUGGAUAAGAGCUGAGGUGGAGGCCUCUGAGCAUCCUCUGUCCUGGUACAUGUUAGCAGAUGACCAGGAAGCUCUCGCAGACCAGGCAUGUGGUUUGACUGAAAAUGAUGUAAUGACAAUCCGCCUCCUGAAUGAGACCAGAGACAUGUUGGACAGCCCAGAUUUCACAAAAGUCCUUCAUACCUGUUUGAACCGUGGUUUCUCUCGUCUCCUUGACAACCUGGCCACAUUUUUUAGAUCUCCAUCCAUUGAGUCUGAUCCCAGUUCUGCACCAGACAGUUUAUCUGCAGUGAGUUUACCACUGGCCAAGAUCAUUCCCAUCAUUAAUGGACAGAUUAACACUAUUUGCAGCGAGACACCCAGUCACUUUGUACAGGAUUUACUGUUGAACGACCAGGUGAAAGAGUUUGCAGCUAACGUUUAUGAGACUUUUAGCAUGCCCCAAGAGCUGCAGAAAUAACCAUACAUUUAUGACUAAAGGACUAUAAAACAGAGACAAUUCCCCCAUGUCACAGAAUGAAAUGCACAUUGACCAUGGACCACUGCAUCAUGGGAAAUGUAGUCUGAUUGAACAACAGCUGCUACAGUCAAUAGAUGAAGAGACUGCCUUGUAAUUUACUGAUUUUAUGAGUUUUGUACCAACUAUGGUGAAUGUGCAGGCUUAUUGCCAGCAGAAAAGUUAAUGUAUGAAAAAAAAAGUUGCUUGUGAGUGUAUAAUUUAGGGAUUUGUUUUGUAAUUUUUAUGGUUUUAAUACACAUUUUGUAAAGUUGUAAUGGGAGAUUGUAACUUAGUAAUGAUGGUGACCAACUGAAAGAAAAACUAAAUAAUAUUGUGAAAU